AUGAGGGUCAUCUUCCCCUUCCUCCUUCCCAUUCUAACAUCAUUUUCUGCCAAGCAACUGGAAAAGUUGAGACAAUCUUGUCAAUAUAAAAGUUUAGAGUAAGUUAAACUAGUUUCUUGGAUAUCAAACCCUCUAGUUGGUUUAGUAUUUUAACACAAAACUACGUGUGGACCGAUCCCAUUCGCCUUCGCAACCCAGGACUUUCGGAUGAAGACUGGCAAAGAGUGAUCACAAUAAAAUGCGGUUUGUUUUUCCAAAACUAUCAUAUCAAUGAUUCCAAAUGUUUAGAAGAAGAAAAUGCCAUAUUUGCGAAUGUUGGAAAUGAAUGGCUCAAGAUGUUCAAUGAUAAUCCAUUAAAACUAAAUGACUGGCUACAAAUGUUGCGAGUCAUCCGCGAACUUUUACACGUCGAUGAGUCGGAUGAAGAGUUGAAAAAGUAUUAUAUGAAGUUGAAGGAAGUGCCUGAAAACGUUCGAAAAGCUAUCCGGUGGAAGAGUGAAGACACUUCAAUUGAUGUGAAAUGUGUACAGAACGGGGACAAGUCGUAUUCGAUUGAGCUGAAAGCACGUACUCGGAGUUUGAUCAAAGGGCACGCGUGGAGAUGUGAAGAUAUCGGAACCGUGCAGAACGAAAUUUAUGAAUAUUACGAAAUUCCUUCCCUCUGGAUGCUGAAAAUCAAGGAUCGGUUCCAGUACAUCAGAGAGACCGCGUGUUACUCGGUAAAACAGGUUUAUUGACGGAAAGGAAAGAUAUACUUUUGCAGGAUGAUUUCUGUCCGGAAAAGGCUCUUCUCGAGGUGAACUGCACUGUGAGUGCUAUCGAACAUUGCUCCAAAACUACAGUAACCAAGAACUCGACGGACUCGAGUUCGUUCCAGAGAACACUUCCAGCGGGACUGGCGAUAUUCGGCACUUUCCAGGCAGGCACAUAUAAUGCAUCAACAUAUGAAGUAUAAAAUUGUAGAGUAGAGUUGAACACAAGGAAAAUCGGAACAAGACAUGCUCAAUUGGACUCAAAUACGGUCUCUAUUAUGUCAGUUUCAAUGAUUGAGCGUUUGAAUCAGAGCUCAUUUAUUUCGACGUCAUAACUUUUUAAUAGUAAACAUGCUCUUCCCAUCGCGGUCACUCAUUUCACUGAUAAGCAGCCAAUAAAUGCUCGAAUACUUUUCAUCGAUCUCUGUUGAAAUACUUACUCCUUCUAAUGAGAACUUUUGUUGCGUUUGUCUUUAUUACUCUUCAUUUUCUACCCGCAUGUUUUGAAAAGCUCCCAGAUCACCGAAAAUCGUGUUUUGUACAUGAAAUAGAGUAAGUUUUGAACAAGUCGAAACAAGUGUCGAAAUGUGAGGAUAUCGGGGAAUUUGUCGAUGGAACCUAUUCCUACUACGAGCUCCCUUCCGAUUUCAUGCUCACGAACCCUUCCGGCACAACUUUCAGGAUUGAUAAGACUCUUUGCAAACAGGUUAGUCAUAAUUCGGCUCCUUCAUUUCAGAUAACAAAUAAUUUCUCAGGGAGAGAACGGAACACGGCCCGGCUUUUCAUACAUAGGACUUUCGGUUUUUUUCAAUAUAUCUCCAGAAAUCGAACAUAGGGACCUCUGAUUUUUUGACAAGAGUUCAAUUUUACUGGGUUCUUCAAAAUGAGCCAGGUCAGAGGUAAAUAUAAGGUUUUUGAGAGAAGUUACAGCUUCACAAUUUCCACUCCUCCGUAUGCUUUGCCGGCCUGUGCGGAAAAGUGUUUUGCCCACCAGAUGCAUUUCUAGAAGCCGAAUGUUCGUUCAACAAUUUGGAGAAAUGCGAACGGAAAGUUAAGAAGCUUUAUGAUUCCCCCAACGCCCACGUUCGUUCCCUCUCCGACGGGAUAGUGCUAUUCGGAUCAUUUAGGGUUUGAAAAGGUCUAGUCAUACUUGUGAGCAGGUGCCUUUUUGCAGAAGACGGGGAUGGUUGGCAAUCCAGUCGAGUACACGAUCGAUCCCGGACUCUACUUUUUCAGUUUCAAAAAUUCCAAUACUUCAUGUCCAGAAGGAUUUCGUUUUAUUUGA